AUGGACCUGGAGAAGUUCUACCGAGAAGAUCAUGCCUUCUACAAGGUCAUAAUUGGCGAUUUCAACGCCAAAGCUGGCCCGAAACGAACGCAUGAGGAACUUCACUUCAGGGAAGAUUCCGCAAUGGACAACAUCGACGAGGAAUAUGACCGACUCGUUGAACACCUUCACGACUGCACAAAAAAGGCUGAGAGUUUUAAAACCAUCAAGAGACGCCUGUCUCCUGAAACUCUUGAGCUGCUACGCCAGCGUGGAGCUGAACGAGCCGCAGGGAACCAAGAACUCACGGCCGAGCAAGGCUUUGCAGAGAGGCGUUAA